AAAACCUCAUGAUGCCUAUCUCACUUCAUUGAAAGGGGUUGCAACACUGCAAAUGGGUUAAAGCUCAGCAUAUAAAAUUCUCGGCAACAACAUCAAUGGCGCAUGAAUCAGAAUCAGUGUCACUUCUUCCUCCAGAAGUAAUAUCUGAAAUACUGGUAAGGCUACCCGUGAAAUCCUUGUUGAUGAUGAGGUGCGUUUCUAAAUCUUGGCUUUCUCUAAUCUCAACUCGCCAAUUCAUCAAAACCCAUUUAGAAUUUUCAACCAACAAACAAGAUUUUGCUCACGACAUCCUUCUUCUUAGUAGCUCUUCUUAUGAGCAUACCCUAAGAUUUUACACUUGCUCUCUUUAUGCAAUUAUGUAUCAAGAAUCUCCCCAUGUACCUGAUGACCUUGACUUUCCUUGCAAAGACCCACUCGUUGAAUAUAACUUUGUGGGUUCAUGUGACGGGUUGCUCUGUAUUUCUGGUGGUGCUCGUGAUCUAUUUCUAUGGAAUCCGUCUAUAAGAAAGUCGAAGAAACUGCCAAUGUCAGGAAGUAAUGUGCAUUGUAGUUCGUAUUUGGCUUAUGGUGUUGGUUAUAAUGAGUGUCAAGAUGAUUACAAAGUUGUAGAAGUUAUGGGAAGUUCGCAUAGUGAGUAUGGGUUUCAGAAUGAGUUUAGGGUUUAUAGUCUAAGAACUAAUUCUUGGAAAAUGAUUCAAGAGUACCCCGGUGUUAUAUUUUGCAAUGAUCCUGCUAAAUUUGUGAAUGGAAGACUUCAUUGGAUUGCUACUCGUGUUAGUGAUAAGAAUGACUCAUGGUUUAUCUCUUCAUUAAACCUCGUCGAUGAGACAUAUGAAAAUGUAGGAUUGCCUGAUCUUGUUUAUGGCAAUUUUGAUUGGGAAUUAGGGAUUUUAGGUGGUAAUCUAUGUGUAUUUUGUGACUAUUAUAAGGUUCAGAUGGAUGUGUGGGUAAUGAAGGCAUAUGGACUUGUGGAGUCGUGGACUAAGGUGGCUUCAAUCCCUUAUUUUAGAGCUAUUGAGCACUCGCCUUUCCCGGUUUUUAUCUCCCAUAAUGAUGAAAUUUUGCUGCAACAUGGUUCAAGUUUAUUGAUAUAUAAUUCAACAGACAACACUUUCAAGCAUCCUCAGGUUCAGAUUCAUCAUGGUUAUGAAAUUCAAUUUAGUUUGUACACGAAAAGUCUUGUUUCACCACAUUUUGUAGAGGAUUGAUGGAAAUUUGUGCUAUGGUUUUUCAUUUGUGGUCUUGUGCAUAAUGAUAAACUGAUAAAAUCUUACUCGAUGAUUCCGGAUUUUGGCAAAAAGAAGAAAGAGGGAAAAUUUUGGCUCUUAGGCAGACAAUUGUAUCAUCAAAGGGAAUAAAGUCCUAUGGAUGUUAGUAUGAUACUUAUGGCUGGAGUUGGUUCUUUCAAAAUUUCAUUCUUUACAGAAGUAGGUGACACCAACAAAAUUGGCUUUUUAGAAUCUUUAAGUCAAGCUUGGAAGUUCCUCCAAAAUUUUAUUUAUUCCCCAGUGUCUUUGACUCGAUGGUUCAAAUGCAGUGCAAGUGCAGUUCCCAACAUACCCACCCGGGUGGCCGAGUUGGUUGAGUAGGGGGUCACAAGUUUGAAACCUCCUUCCUGCUUUCUCGAUCGCACGUGGCUUGCUAGUGCAGUUUACCUCUCCUGUGUGACUUAUGGGCUAUUACAAGGUAGUCGGGCUUACCCUGCGUGCACUUGAAGGGUAGCGAUUGGGGGUUCUUUGUCCAUCAAAAAAGAAAAUCUUUUGUUGGACAUUAGCUCUUUUUUUAAUCUUAGAUUCUUUGCUUUUGUUGUUUGUUUGUUGGGUUUUGUUUAGUUCUUGGUUGAUAAACCUUUAGGAAUUCCAAAUAAAGUUUUCUAUAUUUUUGUAUUA